GUAGUUUGUGUUACAAAAAUUAGAGGGAAAAAAAGGAGAGCUUUGGAGAAAUUCACUUUUAAGUGGCACUUUUUACACGCGUGAGAAUUUUGUAACGUUGCGUUGUUCCUCUGACUGCAUGAAAAUGUGCGACAGUGGGGUAACGCGGCUCUGAAGCAGGCACAUGAGAUUCAAUUGAAAAAAAGCAGAAAGGGGAGGUUGAGGCGCGUGUGUAAUUCUUCUACACGUGCGUAUACAUAUAUAUUUAUGUAAAUACAUGUAUGUAUAUUUUGGAGGAAGCGUAAAUGUACCAAAAUUUCAUAAAAUGCAGCAACUGAAUGUAUCCCUUUUUUUUUAUAGGGGUUUUUAUUUUGCGGCUGCGCGAGAGGUGUAAAUGAAAUGCUCUUACAUGUAUAAAUGUAUGCCCCCUAUUGCAAGCACAUUCAUACUUCGGAAACCAAUUUUGUUAUCGUCCAAGUGCCAGUUUACGUUUUUUAAAUUUAAUUUUUAAGGAGUCAUACAAUUUGAAAGGUUCGCUUUUAUAUAUAGUUAGUUGCGACCGUGAUUCACGUAGCACUGCUUGGAUGAUACACCUCAUUUUUUGCGCCUUCAAAAAAAAAAAAAGCAUGCGUAUGUAUUUGUUACAUACACGUACACGCGCUUGCAUUUUGUGGGAUUAUAUUAACAUGGCAAUUUUUGCUCGCACUUACCUUUAAUUUUACAUCUCUGCGUACCCCCCAUUGUGUAAUUUUAAUGGCACUCUUGUAAGAGAUCAUCCAUCCGAAAAAGAACCAAGGAAAAAAAAAAAAAAAAAGCGCGACAUUUUGACAUGUUCACAGGGGAAAAUCACAUCAACAGUACCCUUCCAGAGGAUUUAAUUUUUCGUUUCCAACAAAAUUCUUUUUUAUUCUGUUCGGAGGAACAUUUUGAAAUUUUUAAAACGUCAACGAGGCAGUAACCAAAUCGGGAAAAAACAACGCAAGUAUUUUCCGUUUAUUACAGAAUGUACUCGAAAAAAUAUGCAGCCAUGGAAAAAGGAAGAACUUUUGUGUACAUAAACCGCUCCAUUUAGCAUAGUAAAAAUAGCGCCACAUUUAUUCCCCUUAUAGAGGAAGUUAUAGCCCACUUUUUAUGAUCACAAGUAAUUUCACCAAAGGGGAAAAUAAAUAGCAGGCUGAUUCUAUACCGCUUCAGCACAUUUCGAAUGGCCAAAGUUUCCCGGGGUGCUCUGUAAGAUAAAUGAUCCUUACGUAAAAUGCAGUUAACAUAAAAUAUAGGGGGAGAGAGCAAAGAUUAGCAAAAAAAAGUGGUAUAAAAAAAAAAAAAAAAAAAUCAAGUAUUGGCGAAAAAUAACGAAUAAGGCAAGGCAAACCAGAUUGAGUAAGGCAAAACGCGAAAUUUUCACACACCUGAUCGAUUAAGUAAAAAUGUUGAACAGAACGCGGAGGAUUUUUUUCAGCACAGUGAAAAGCAGCAACUUGUACCUAACCAUAUCUUCGUCCAGCGAAUCCAUAUUCAGAAAUCAAGUAAUUAAAAGGGCUUCUUUUCCAGGAAUUGAAGGAUAUUUCACCGUAACAAAUAACCACAGCCCGCUAGUUACGCUAUUAAGAAAUGGAAUAAUUACUGUCGAAUUUGACGAGAAGGAAAAGAAGCAGUUUUUUAUAUCAGAUGGCAUAUUUAUAUAUAAAAAAAGUAAUGACAACAGCAGCAGCAACAAUGCUGAAAUUGUGGGGGUUGAAAUUGUGCCCCUCGAAUAUUUAGACAAAAAUAAAACAGUUAAGGUUUUGCAGCAGAUGUGCGCAGUAAAUGAUGCUACCGAUGACAAGUGGAGAAAAAUCAAGACCAUGUUGGGGUAA